GGGCGAGAGAUCAAAGAAGCUUCUGGAUACAAUAACUCACAAAUAUCUCGUACCGUCACUGAAUCUAAGCCGUUCAUCCCUAAUCUAAGGGACUUCCGUAGUUGGGAGGAAAGCCCAGCCAAUGUAUUAAUGGAAGGCCCGUUUCUGGAGACUUCUUUUGAGGGAGGGUUGUUCAUCUCUCUACUCUAUCUCUCUAGAGUUUUAAAUUCUUUGAACAAAGAAAAAAAAAUCUAAUCACUUUUUGUAUUAAAGUUUGCUGGAGAUUUGUAUUUAAUUUGUCGACAAGACAGGAAAAAUUCUGGGGUGUUAAGUUUUUCUUGAUCGUUUUUUGGUGGUAUUGAAGUUAUGGAAGACAAAAGCAAUGAUUAUUAUGCAGUUUUGGGGUUGAAGAAGGAAUGCACUGACACAGAACUUAGGAAUGCCUAUAAGAAGCUUGCACUGAAAUGGCACCCAGAUCGCUGUUCAGCAUCGGGGAAUUUGAAGUUUGUAGAUGAAGCAAAGAAGCAAUUUCAGGCAAUUCAAGAAGCAUAUUCUGUGUUAUCGGAUGCAAACAAAAAGUUUUUGUACGAUGUAGGAGUUUAUGACUCUGGUGAUGAUGACGACGAAAAUGGCAUGGGUGAUUUCCUGAAUGAAAUGGCAGCUAUGAUGAGCCAAAAUAAGUCCAAUGAAAAUCAGGGAGAAGAAACCUUUGAGGAAUUGCAGGAUAUGUUUAAUGAAAUGUUCAACAGUGAUAAUGGAACGUUUUCUUCUUCUUCUUCUUCUUCUUCUUCUUGGACUGGAACUCCUUCAAUGUGCUCUACUACAUCAUCUACAUCUUCAAGUGAGACUUUUUUAACCUUUCCCAACAAGAGAAGUUCAGGUGAAAUGAAGUCGGGUAGUAGUGUAAGAGGCGAUUCUUGCCAAUUCCAAGGAUUUUGUGUAGGGGCAGGUGGAACUUCUGGAAAAUGCAAUGAAAGAGAACGAAGUUGGAGGAAAAAUUCCAAGAGUGGACGGAAGCAUUAGGAGGAGAGAUGCCAAAAUGCAAAAGGUUCUAUCAUAAUUCAACAAUUAUUUUACCCAAAAGAUAGGGAAAAUGAAAAGAGCUGCAGCUGCUUAGUCCUGGUUUGAUCCAAGUUCUUUUGUGGCUGUUGUUUGUUACUAUUUAAGGGAUCAAGAGUUGUUGCCAAGGUUCUUUUUCACAGAAAUCAGGAUCUUCUUGGUCUUGUGAACACAAAUGUACUGUAAUUCUAGCUGCCCAAGUGUGAUUCAAAAGGUUUUCACCAGACAUAAAUUCUUAGUAUUUCAUAUCUUGAAUUCUUUAGCAAUUAUAUUGUAUUGCUAUUGAAUCAAAUCAUUUAAGCUCGAGCCUUACGAUGAAA